UUUAGGUAAAAUGUUGAAAAUGCGCUCGAAAUUUCGCAAGAAGCUGCGGUGACAGUACCACUUAAAAUGUGACAGUUCAGUGAAACAAUAAACUAAGUAAAACUCAUAACUAACUCAAAACUAAUAAUACUCGAAAAAUCCUCGUAGUUUAAUUCAAAUGUGCCAACACUAGUGACGACAGAGUUAUUAUAUUAAUAGACAGGAUUAUAAAAAAAUAUAAGUGGUGUUUAAAGGAACUAUUUUCUAAGAUUUAGUGCGUCAGCAAAACAAAAAAUAUUUUAGUUUUAUAAGUGUGAUGCAAAAGGAUUGAAAAAUGGAUUUGCACGCUCCACCGUUAGUUGUUCACGGGUAUGAACCUCACGCGCCUCUGCUAGAGGUUGAGGGUCUGGACCCCCACAGUCCACAGCAGAAGGUCCUCAUCCAUGCUCCGAUCCAGAGCCAGGAACUCAUCAGCACAGAUCACCGGAAUGGAGAGUAUGAAUUCGCAGAUGAGCAGUACCACGCGCACAGCAGCAACCAGAGCGGAGAUGGUCACGGAGGUGUCAAUCAAUUAGGUGGUGUUUUCGUGAACGGACGACCUUUGCCGGACGUCGUACGGCAGCGGAUAGUGGAGCUGGCUCACAGCGGCGUGCGGCCGUGCGAUAUCAGUCGGCAGCUACGAGUGUCACACGGAUGUGUGUCGAAGAUACUGUCUCGGUAUUAUGAAACGGGUAGUUUUAAAGCGGGCGUGAUCGGCGGCUCCAAGCCUAAAGUCGCGACUCCACCAGUUGUUGACGCUAUCGCCGCAUACAAGCGAGAAAACCCGACGAUGUUUGCGUGGGAAAUACGAGAUCGGCUCCUCAGCGAAGGCAUCUGUAGCCAGGACAACGUUCCCUCCGUUUCAAGUAUUAACAGGAUCGUCCGCAACAAGGCAGCAGAAAAGGCGAAGCACGCGCACAAUCAACAACAACAACAGCAACAGGAGCAGGAGAUCAGUUCUGCGCAAGGCAGUGUUGUUUCUGUGAUAACCCACGCUGGUAACGCUCCUGGUACCACAGCCGUGCUGUCCCCAACCACCGAGCACGUCAACAACACCGGAAGCUACAGCAUCAAUGGUAUCCUGGGCAUCGAACAAGUGGACGGACUCCACAAUGGAAAUGGUUUGAAGAGAAAGAGACACGAGGAUCAAGAUGAAAACAGAGACUUCAACAGCCAUUCAGAAGACGACGUUAAGAGACAAAGAAGUCAUUACAAUGGCGACCAGAUAUAUUCCAAUCUCUGGUCGUCAUCAAAAUGGAGUCUAAAAGACGAAUACAAGCUGCUAUCAGAGCUAGGAGGUGGUACCGGAUAUUACGGGGAACUGUUCGACGCUCCGUACGAACACCCUGCGCAUCAUUACACCCCUCAUUCUGCGACGAACGACUCCACAGGAUCAACAGCAGCUGGUGAGCCGCCCUCAGCAGCUGGAAGUCCAGACGCCGCAGCGUUGGUGGUUCUACAACCACCAGCACCACCCUACCCGCCGUAUGCUCAUUAUGAUGGUACAGCGACCCUUGCCAGUGACUAUGCGUAUGCGACGUCCUACUCUCAAUACUCCCCGUACGGAGGACCCUAUUCUCAUUCCGCUGCCACCGGCUUGCUGUCCAAGUGAUAUCAACGGGCGCCGUGCGAGCAAUAGCUGUCGGCAAGCCACAACGAAAAUAAGUGAUUAAGGACACUACGUAAAAUUGAAUUGUGAGAAUUUUAGUUAAAACAUUAUCCAUUCCUUUAGAAAAAUCUCAUUAUAUGUAGAUAAAUAAAUUAAUAUGUACAAUUCGAUAAUUUUUAUUCUCGUUAAUGUUGUUUAUUUUCGAGGUCAGUAUCGCUUUCCUUUAGCUUUCUCAAGACUAUAAUCAAAUCGAGCGAUUCAUUUAUACUCAUUAUUUUUAAUAAAUGAACGAGAGAGCCAAAGUAUCGAUAAUUCUUCAUUAAAUGUAAGAUGUAAAUAAUAUUGUAACAAUUAUAAUGUACUUCAUUUAAUGUCAGAAUUAGAAUUAGAUCUAUUAUUUCCCUUACCUCAAAAUGGUUACAUUUAGUGAAUAUUUUGUGUAAGAAUUAUAAUGUUUCAUUUUAAUUAUCUGUUUCGAAACUGUCUUAAGCACAAUGGCGUUUUAUUAGAGCCUCUCUAUUACUGUUACUGUUCGUUUAAGUUAAUUUAUUUUUUAUAUUGUUAUAAUUAAGUACAUAAUUAUGUAUCUAAAUGCGUUCAGUGAAGCUUAAGUAAAUUAAUAUAUGCAAAGUACUUAAUGUUGUAAAGGUUUUGAAAUUACGAUGAGAUUAUUUCUGUUUUUUUGUUUCUUUUUUUUUACUUUUUAUAAUUAGUUUCUAGCAUAUCUAUAUCGUCUGUGGUAAAUCAUAGAAUUGUAAAAUCGUAUGAAUUAUAUGUUCAAAUGUAGAAAUUGUUUUAGUUGUAAUUAUAACGUUCGAAAUCUUAUCAUUUCCGUCCAUUUUUUUAUUUGUUUAUUAUACGUUUGUAAAUAUCGCCUUGUAUGGUUUUGCUGUUUUCAUAUUUUAUGGUAUGAUUUCUAUCUCAAUAACAUACAGUUUAGAGGUAUGCCAAAGACUUGUAGUGACGUCUUUACAUGCAAUCUUUGCUUCUAAUGUAGAUUAUUUUACUAAAGCAAUAAUAUUAUCGCCAAAGAUAACGUGGACUUUUCUUGGACAUGCUUCAUUUAUAUCGUGACCAACUUUACAUAUAUAUUAGUAUAAAAAAUCAUCAUUAAAAUGUAAAUGCCAAUACGUAUUUAAACGAACAAAUAAAUUUAUAUCAUUUACAUUUAUUUUCAACUCGAUCGAAAAGUAUAUUAUAAAAAUGACCUUGAAAAGUCCACUUUAAAUGAAUUAUCAUUUAUAAAAUUACGUUUAAACAUUUACGUUUCCUAUUUAUUUAAUAUUGUAUUCUCUUUGCUUUUUAUCCUCAAAAGCAUAUCGAUUUAAGUGAUACGUUCCACGUCAUAAUAAUAAGAAAUAUAUGUAAUAGUUUCAUUUUAUUUCUACUAAGUAUAUUUGUAAGGCAAACGCACCAGUACGAAAUAAAGGCAAAUGAGUUUUUUAAAAAA